AUGUACAGACCAAAACAGCAAGCUGAAAGUCUACAUCCUCAUGACGUGCCGAACCGCCCGUGGGAAAAAGUUGCUGUUGAUUUGUCCACGCUGAACAAUAGAGAGUACAUGGUCAUCGUCGACUACUAUUCACAGUUCAUUGAAGUAUGUACUAUGACUUCAACUAGUAGCAAGGCCGUGAUCAACCACAUGAAAGCAGUAUUUGCUCGCCAUGGAACGCCAUGUGAACUGAUGUCGGAUAAUGGUCCUCAAUUUGCAAGCCAAGAGUUCCAGAGCUUUGCAAAAGAAUGGGAUUUUCGCCAUACUACAUCGAGUCCAUAUUAUCCGCAAUCCAAUGGCCUCGCAGAGAAUGCUGUGAAGAUUGUAAAAAAACUCAUAUUGAAGUCACAGCACAGUGGACAGGAUAUCCACAGAGCUCUACAAGUCUAUCGCAGUUCACCACUAGCAUGCGGAAAGUCUCUGGCAGAACUCCUCUACAAUCGUCGACUUCGACAGUUUACUCGACAACCAACAGGUCAAUACUCGAUUGGUGAGGGGAAGAAAGGAGGAUCAUAA